GGGCAAAAUAAUAAAUAAAUAAAUUUUUCUACUCUAUACAAAAAAUUUCGGUGUACAAGAGAAAAAUCAGUACGAUGAAAUUGUAUUGGACUGCAGCUCAAUGUAGGCCAAAAGAUUUUAGAGUAGAGUAUGUAAAAAUCUGCGACACGGAUAAGGAGAGUCCAAUUAAAAUGGAAUAUUUCAACAUUCUUCGAGCAGAACGCCAGAAGUACACAUUAAAUUCAUCAAUUAAAGUCUCAAAAGACAUUCAAGAAAUAUUAUAUUUCAAAAUGAGUGCUAUUGAGUGUUCAUUAAGUAGAGGAAAGUGUAACGAUUUGCUGGCAAAGGGCACACCAGAUAUAUGCAACUAUAUUAAUAAACCGAAUUCAAUAUGGUCGAACGUAGUCAACACCUCGAAGCCACCACUAAGAUGUCCCAUUAAAGCCGGCACAUAUCACGUGGAAAAUAGUACGUUUGACUUGAGUUUGGUUUCACGAAUCCCUAUUGAUCCGUGUACAUUAAUGAUUAAUCUCACUAUAUUUGAUUAUUUUCCUGUUUCGAACCGAAAAAGACGUGAUUUAGUUUGCAUUUCCGUUAAAGUAACAGUAACGCAAAUUAAAUCACGUUUAUCAGAAGUUUAUCAAAACCGCACUGGUGUAUAG